UAGCGUCACAAUGUUCAAGUUCAGAAUGUGGAAAAGUGCCAUUAUAGUCUUUGUGUUGGCCAACACCAGUGACAACUCAUAUCAAUAUAUCCUGAUCCAGCUACAAAAGACAUGGAGUGAAGCACAAGCCUAUUGUCGUUCAAACUACGCCGACCUCGUCACCAUCAACAGCGACAUCACAAAUAACGACAUCUACAAUUUAGCGAACGGCAGGGCAGUCUGGAUAGGCCUCUACAACCAUGCCUGGAAGUGGUCAGAUGGGACAGCGAUAACGUUUCUAAAUCCACAUAUAGAUGUCCUCAACUGCAUGGCCUUGUGUUAUGUGUCCCCAUACAUAUGGCAUAGUAGGUACUGCAGUGAUGUAUAUACUUUCUUCUGCUAUGACGUGAAACAACAAGCAUCAAUCACUGACACAUCUGGAGUUCAAACCCUUGCUCCUACAACCUCUAUUGUUCAGAAUGGACUUCAAGGAUCAAAUAUUGCUAAAGUGAUCGUUGUUCUGAGAGUUGGGAUUCAAGCAGAACGUCAUAUAAGCCUGGAUGAAGCCGAAAUGAGCAGCAACAUCAUUUUGUCCAUGGUGCGUAUAUAUCUUUUAUCGACUAGUAUAGAACUUUGUCAUUUAAGUGUUCUUAAUAUUUAUUGUAGGAUUAGAUUGUUUCUUUCUUCCUCCCAUUAAUCAAAUAAGUUGUGAUUGUUUACUGAGCAUUAACUUUAACAUAUUAAAUUGAAAUAUACACAAACCACAGGCAUAUUGUUCAGAGACCAUCCACAUAGCUCACAUCCCACUCUCAGCUAACGCCAAUGCCACAUCACAUGACUUACGUCAGACAUCAAUUGUUGGUCUUGUAGCUGCACUGUGUCAAAUUGCACAACUGGAAAUCACAGCACAGGUCACAUUUACUUGCCAGUUGUUGAUUUUCCAGCCCACUUUUGCUCAUCCCUUUUCCUGACACCAAAUUGUAUGCUGCCUGAAAGAGACGGCACUUUAUUUAAGUUCAGCUGCUGUCUCUGCUCUUUUCUUUUUUCCAUUCUGUUUUGGAAAUUAAAAUAUGAGACAUCAGACAGACAAGCUUUUCUUCUGUUUGUAAGGUCCACAGCCCCCUGUGCUGCUUGAUGGAGCCGAUGCCGUACUGAUGCUUUGUCAAGUGUUAACAGCUAUGUCAGCAUGGCCUAAUAUAUGCUAAGAACAAACUCCCUACACAAUGGCGAUGCACCGUCAAUCCUGGAGGGCCUCAGUAACUUGAGGUUUUUGUUCCUGCCCAGU